AUGAUCCGCUCUGCCGCUAUCGCGCAUGCGCAGUACUAUCGCCGGCGGUCCAGGGAGGUGGCGCACCCGAAGCCCGAGUUCCAGCUUCCCAAGAGCGCCAAUCUGAGCAGCGACGAGAUAUUCUUCUAUUCGUUCGGCGAGUACAUGUGCGAGGUGCUCAAGCCGGCCGCCCACAACAAGGUGCUCGACUUUGGACUCCUGCCACCGAACCGCAUCAGGCUUAACACCUUGCUCCGUAACACUCCGGAUUUCGCCGCUGCCUUCAAGUGUCCGUCGACCAGCGAGAUGGUGCUGCCGACGCCCGAUUACUGCUUGGCGUUUCCUCGCGGGGACCAUUACGUCAUCAGGCCCAUCGACGCGUACACCACGCCGAGGUCGUGA